UCACGUGUUGCUAAAGGAGCUGUUAACCACACCAAAAUGAGUCUACAUGGUGCGUGUGGGGGACACGAACGAUCAAGAGAUAGACGAAGAUCAAGUGAGCGAUCUCAGGAUUCAUCACAUGAAAGAACAGAAUCUCAACUAACUCCUUGCAUUAGAAAUGUUACUUCUCCAACACGACAGCAUCAUAUUGAACGAGAAAAAGAUCAUAGUUCUUCCCGCCCAAGUAGUCCUCGUCCUCAAAAAGCGUCUCCAAAUGGUUCCAGUAGCAGUGCCGGGAACAGUAGCAGAAAUAGUAGUCAGUCAAGUUCCGAUGGUAGCUGUAAAACUUCUGGGGAGAUGGUAUUUGUAUAUGAAAAUGCAAAAGAAGGUGCUCGUAAUUUAAGAACAUCAGAACGAGUGACGCUAAUAGUGGAUAACACUAGAUUUGUUGUAGACCCAUCCAUUUUUACUGCACAGCCAAAUACAAUGUUGGGCAGGAUGUUUGGAUCUGGUAGAGAACAUAACUUUACACGACCCAAUGAGAAAGGAGAGUAUGAGGUGGCAGAGGGAAUUGGCUCCACUGUAUUCCGAGCUAUUUUGGAUUACUAUAAAACAGGAAUAAUCCAUUGUCCUGAUGGCAUAUCAAUUCCUGAGCUGAGAGAAGCAUGUGACUACCUUUGUAUCUCUUUUGAAUAUAGUACUAUUAAAUGUAGAGAUCUCAGUGCUCUAAUGCAUGAGUUAUCAAAUGAUGGUGCUCAUAGACAGUUUGAAUUUUACCUUGAAGAAAUGAUCUUACCACUUAUGGUAGCUAGUGCCCAGAGUGGGGAACGAGAAUGCCACAUAGUGGUGCUUACAGAUGAUGAUGUGGUUGAUUGGGAUGAAGAGUAUCCACCACAGAUGGGAGAAGAGUAUUCACAAAUUAUUUAUAGCACAAAAUUAUAUAGAUUUUUCAAGUACAUUGAAAACAGAGAUGUGGCCAAAUCAGUUUUGAAGGAGAGGGGUUUUAAGAAGAUUAGAUUGGGCAUAGAAGGUUAUCCUACCUACAAAGAGAAAGUGAAGAAAAGGCCUGGGGGCCGUCCUGAAGUGAUUUACAACUAUGUCCAAAGACCUUUUAUUCGGAUGUCCUGGGAGAAGGAAGAAGGAAAGAGUCGGCAUGUAGACUUUCAGUGUGUAAAGAGUAAAUCUAUUACCAACCUGGCAGCAGCUGCUGCAGACAUUCCCCAGGACCAGCUGGUAGUCAUGCAUCCAACUCCACAAGUGGAUGAGCUGGAUAUUCUCCCUAUUCAUCCUCCUUCAGGCAACAAUGACCUCGAUCCUGAUGCACAGAAUCCAAUGCUGUGAUGAUCUUCCUUGAAACCAUAGCAUGCUACUCUUCACGGUGACAUUGCACUCUCCUCAUUCUGCACUGCAAGACCACUAUCUUCAUUGUGAGAUGCACAUAACGAUGUUUAGGAUAUUGCAGUGUAGGCUUUUUUUAAAGACCAAAGGUAGCUGAAUGGUUUUUUAAAUGAGUACAACUCUUAGCAUCCUGAGGUUCCAGUUAUAUAAAUGUAUUUGUUUACCAGUUGGUUUGUGAAAUUGGUUAUUUGUAUGGGGGACAGUCCUUUUUCACAUAUCUAGACCUUUUCAGAACUUGUGGAAAUUGGCAGCUGGGGUACUUUCAGUUUAGAUUGAUAUUUGUCACACCCCGGACAAAAUGUUGAUUAUUAUAUAGUUGCACUUUAUAAAUGGUGGUUAAAUGGAACUGUUGAAGCCAUUUUUAUAGUUGUGAUGCACAAUAUAACUUAAGUGCUUCUAUCAAAGUAUUCCUUCAGUAAAAAGUAUAUAAUUUGCUGCCCAUGGUGAUCUAGGAAUGAGUGUCAUUGGGCUUAUUUGAAUUAAGAUAUGGGCAUUGAAUUUCAUCCUAAUAUGUUAUCGCCAGUGCCGUUUCACCCUUUUUGAGUGAUUCACUCUUUUAGAGUGAGUCACAUGCAGGGAAUAUGAAUAUCACAUCAGAGGUGGUUUAUUAUCCAGUCUGCCUUACCCUUAAUCUGUUCACAGAUAUUUAUUUACUAAUGGUUUUUUGUCUUAAGAGUUAUGGGAUGGGAAAAUGAAGUGUUUGCUCUUCAUUUACUAAAUGAUUGUAAACUCAAGUUUUUCAUCAAAUAAAAUUCCAUU